UUUUUUUUUUGAGAUUGUUUUACGGCCCUGGAAUUUUGAAAACUUCAAAGCAGUGUUUCCACUUACGUUUUUUUAAACACAUUUUACCCUAGUUUCUUUUGAAUUUAUCCCUAAAAUUUCCUAGACAACUUUCAUAAAUCCUUUAUAUAGAAAGUAUAAAUAAAAUACAGAAAAUAAACCACAGCAUAUUAUUUAAUGUAGGUAUAUAUAAUAUAAACGCCCCCAGAAGAUCAUAGAUAUAUAGGAUUAGAAUUUUCAAGGAAGUCGACGCAUUGCUUUUAUAUUCUUUUGCUGCACGCAACCUAACACUGUUCGGUUCUAAAAUUGAGCAAUUGUUUGCUGGCAAAGUUGGGAACUUUCUAUGAAGCAAGCCGUUCAGGGUUUCAUUAGAAAGCCUGUUUCUUUUGUCAGUUUUUACAUUUGAGAACACUGAAUUAUCUUUCCACCUCAGUCUUUGAAGAAGGAACUGCUAGCAAAAGUGAAAUGACAAUUACAAGGUUUUCGUAAAUGAAAUUACCAUGAUAAUCUUUCAUGGUACAUGAAGUACCUGUAUAUUACAAUACAAGUAAGUUCUGGUGACAUCAACGAAAAUAGGUAAAUAAAAGUUUGGCGGAUUAUACUUAUUGGGAUUCUGGGGAAUCCCUAAGAAAAAAGCAGUGGCUUAAUCUAUAAUUUACUUUACUAGAGGGUUACUGUUGAAUCAAACCUUCUUUAUAGUUUUUAUACACAACUCUGUUUUAUUCUUUUACUUGUCAACUCGACUUAAUGUCAUUCUCUCUCCAUAAAAUAAAAUGUUCAUUGUUUUACUUUAAUUAUCGUUUAUUUUAAAAUUCACAACAGUUACUAGUAUAGGCUUUGCUUUUUACCCCGAACUAUCCUAAAUCCUGGUAUUUUUUAAAUUGUCUUUAUCAUCCAAAAUAUCAGCUAUUUUUCCCUAAAAAAGGGAGAAUUCCCUAAAAGUGGAAGCACUGCUUCAAAGUACGCUAACCUUUUUUAUUGAGUCAGAACUCGUACCUGCCAUCUAGUGAGUUUAUUAGAUCAUUAAGGCCAAAACGUUUCAAAAAUGACCUCGCCGGUUCCUAAAGAUGACGCUAGUUGAAUGUUCUUUUCCUUUGUAUGGGAGUUGCACCCCCCUGGUUAUGCAUACAUAUUACUAAAAUACACAGUUUCAAAAGUUUCAUAGAAUAGGAAUGGAUGGAAAAAUGUUAAAUUUGUAAAAAAAGUAUGUUUUUUUGAUAAAUCAAAAUUUACCAAAUUUUAAUAAUUAUUGUGUUUUGCCUUUGAAGAAAUGGCUGGAAAUUUUUGGCAAAGCUCACAUCAUCAACAAUGGAUACUCGAUAAGCAAGAGCUAAGGCGCGAUCGCCAGUUUGAUUUGAAUAUUUUAUCAGAAGAAGAAUACCAAAAAGUAUUUAAUUUUUUUGCUAGUAUAAUUCAAGUUUUAGGCGAACAACUUAAACUUCGUCAGCAAGUAAUCGCAACUGCAACAGUUUACUUUAAAAGAUUUUAUGCAAGGAACUCUUUGAAGUGUAUUGAUCCACUUCUUUUGGCACCAACAUGCGUAUUUCUUGCAUCUAAAGUUGAAGAAUUUGGUGUUAUAUCCAAUUCCAGAUUAAUAACAACCUGCCAGACAGUUAUAAAAAAUAAGUUUAGUUAUGCUUAUGGACAACAAGAGUUCCCGUACAGGACAAAUCACAUUCUGGAGUGUGAAUUUUAUUUACUAGAAAAUUUAGAUUGUUGUUUAAUUGUAUACCAACCAUAUAGACCAUUACUACUUUUUGUCCAAGACAUAGGACAAGAUGAUCAACUUCUGACAUACGCUUGGAGAAUAGUAAACGAUUCCUUGAGAACAGAUGUUAGUUUGUUGUACCCACCCUAUCAGAUUGCAAUUGGUGCCUUACAAAUAGCAUGUGUGAUGCUUGGUAAAGACAAUCUCAAACCUUGGUUUGCUGAGCUAAAUGUUGACAUGGAUAAAAUCCAAGAAAUUGUGAGAGCUAUCAUUAACCUUUAUGAGAUGUGGAAAAGUUAUGAUGAAAAAAAAGAAAUACAAGGGCUAUUGUCCAAGAUGCCCAAACCAAAGCCAGCUCCCCAGAGAUAGCAAGACAUAUUUUGUAGUAUGGAUUUGUAUAAUGGAUAUAUAAUUUUUAAUUGUAGACAUGAAAAAUUUGUUUUUAAUUCCCUAGGAAAAGAAAUUACUAUUUUUGAUGAGGUCACUUAUAUUUCAAGUGAUUUUUAUGAAUUUUUUCAACCAUAAACAAAUACAGUGUAGAGCACACUUUAGAGCAUAAAUUAAAAGAACAAGAACUAAGUUAUUUAAUUUUCCAUCACAAGCCAAAGAUACUCUCUUUAUUGGUUGUUAUGUGAUUUAAGACUAUUGUAUCCUAUUGUAGCCUUUAGACACAAAAGUAAAUUAUUCCUUUAUUUCAAGUUUAAUGUUUAAAUAAUGUCAUUGUAUUGCUAUGCUGCCCAAUAACAUUGUUCAUAUAAGUAAACUGACAAAGAUAAGUAAGAUGACAAAAGCUAAAGAAAAAAGGCAAUUCUAAUGAAUUUAGUCUUAUCUGUCUGCAUGUUUUUGAGCAUUGAUACUUCAUUCAUUAACUGUGUUGCAUUUGUUCACAUUUUACAACAUUUGUCAACAUUAACAAUUUUGAACAUUGAAAAUGAGGUGGAUCCUUUAAAUAGAUAUAUAUGUAUAAAUUACUAUUGGUUACACAUUUCAGGUUAAAACUUAUUAGCAAUUCAGGGAAUAAUUAUGUCAUGUAUAGUCAAAGUAUGAUUGGUGAAAUUGUACAUUGAGCACUUUAUGCAGUGGCUGAAUUCAAUAGACGCGGGCACAUAAAAUACGAACAAACAAAUAAAUAUUAAUAUUUAUAUAUAAACUAGGGGUCAUGCUCCACUAUUACCUGCAGAUAUAUGACAUUUGACAUAACACUGGGGAGUAGUUAAUGGUUUGAAAAACAUUGAUUUCUUGUUACUGAUGGUACGUUGGUGGUACUAUAAUAAUAGACACCUGUGGAAUUCUAACAAUAACCAUAAAGUUCCAUUAACAAUUAAUGAAAUAUUAUGAUAAAAUAAAAAAUAUUUUUACCAAUUUUAACUAUUAUUGUUUAUUAUACUAAAAAUUGUGCUAUUCUUGUAAGCAUGAUUAAUUAUGUAAAAUAAAUAAUAGGAAUGCAUCUUUAAAAAUUAAGACUGUUGGUACUGUCUUUUUAGGAGAUAUUAAUGUAAUAAAUUCUUAUUUUUCAAUA